AUGAACCGCGAGGGGGCCCCCGGGAAGAGUCCGGAAGAGAUGUACGUUCAGCAGAAAGUGCGGGUCCUGCUCAUGCUGAGGAAGAUGGGCUCCAAUCUCACCCCUAGUGAGGAAGCAUUCCUGCGGUCGUAUGCUGGAGUGGUCACUAGUCAGCUCAGCCAGCUGCCCCAGCACUCCAUUGACCAGGGUAAGUGUUCAGUUAUAGGGCGGCUCUUAACCAGGCUGUUUCUUAUGUAG